AGCUCGUGAUUAUCACUUUAUUAACUUCUUAUAUUCAUUUAUUCACUUAUCAAACUAUUUCAAUUUAUUAGAAAUAAUCUGGAUAUCGGACACAUAGUUUUUUUAAUAAUCACAUUGUCGUUAAUAAAACUGGACUUGAAAACUGCAAUGGUUGUGAAGGAAUGUGGAAGAACAACUAAGCAUAUAUGUUUCACAGCUUCUGAAUGAAAACUACCUUAGGAAUAAACUAUCUUGUACUAUUUUUAAAUUAGAAGUAUUUAUAUUUGUAAAUUGUGAAAAGAUGCACAAAUAGUAACCAAACGUUUAAAGUACAAAUAUUCUAAGGAUUAUUUAGCGGUAUAAAUAACAAAGAUGAAGAUCUAAAUGGAGGAAUAUUAUUCUAAAAAUGGACUAGAAAUAUUUUACAGUGACACAGAGCGUGUAAUUAACAGGAAAUGUAUGGAUGUCAAUAUAAGAAAAAGCAAAUUGGAAAAUUAAUUGAAAAAGAGCGAAGGACUUCAUAUGAUGAAUGUGGGUAACAGUUUACAAGUGGGUGGAGAGAGCGGAAUAUAGGUGUAGCGUUGGAAUAAUGAGCGACAGGUAGACAAGGGCUACGUGAUGACUUCAUAUAUGAUACAGGUACCGUUGUUUGGACACUCUAGAGUAGGUGGAGUCUAUUUGACGUGUGUGACCAAAUAACUGUAGUAUAGAGGUGCCUAUCAAUCGAUCCACGUUCGUUUAACCUGAGUCCUUAGCGAAUAUAUACAUACAUAUCAUAGAAAAGGGAGGAUGUCUAAGUAUUUUUAGUGUAAAAGAUAUUGAACUAUUGACUAGUGAUUCUUAUGAAAUAAAAGGUGGAAAUUGUCAAAGCUUACGUCAGGAGAUAGUUGACUGAUAUUUGUCAGGACUUAAGACAAAAUAACGAUGACGACACCCUGGCGAGAUUUGGGCCAAUCAUUUAAAUCAGAGGUUCGAGGAAUUAUCGCAGAUAGUUAUACUUGAAUUGUGAAAGAUUGUGAAAGCGAGAGAGAAAUAUAUAAAUAUUAUUGCUUAAUUUACAAAUUGUUCGCAAGUAUUGUAUUAGAAAUUAUUUAAAUAAUGUCUUCAGAGACAUUGGGUUAUUUUUAAGGAAUAUCUUUGUAACGUGAAUACAAUAUUACCAGAAAAUAUAGAAAUAAUUUUAAUAAAAUAAGUUUAUAAAUAAUACGCGAAUUUACAUUUUAAACUGUUCUAAAUUAUUGCUUAUUUUAACAGAAUAGAAAUAAAAAAUCAUAAAAUAUUAUCUGUAAAAAAUAAACAACAUGAAAGCUUAAUGAAGAACUGGAAUAUGAGUUUUAUAACAUAAAGCUGAUUUCUCAUAAAUGACAGGAGUUAUAAAAUUAAAAGAAGUCAAUGUUUAAAUGUUAAGUGCACCGUUCAUAAAUCUGACAAAAUCGUUUAUACCUUGCGACUGACGUUCCUGAUUUAUUCCUAUCGGAAUGUUUUCAUCGAGAACUAUACGCUGUAUUCAAUCUAUAGCGAUUGUGUUAUUAAUAUUUACUGGAUAUACACGACCAUGUGGCCCGGACGUUAGGGUUGGAAGAAGGCGAAAUCGUACAAAGAAAGCGACACCGUUUGUUUACAAGCAACACGUACCUAGUGUGUCAGAGUUUGCAUACGGUGCCAGUGAGCCGGCGGACGGUGCCAUACAUAGAGAUGACCCUAGAUUCCAGGAUCUUGUUGAGAACCAUAAUACCGACAUAAUAUUCCGAGAUGAGGAAAGAGACGGCUCGGAUCGGAUUAUGACCCAGCGAUGCAAAGAAAAGCUAAAUACAUUAGCUAAACUUGUACAACUACAAUGGCCGGGUAACCCGCCAGAGGUCCCUCCUGUGAAGGUCAAGGUUAAAGAAGCCUGGGAUGACGACUUCAUGCAUGGGGAAAAUUCUCUUCAUUAUGAAGGUCGCGCAGUUGACGUGGCUACCAAUGACCGCGACAGGUCGAAGUUAGGUAUGCUGGCAGGCCUGGCGGUGCAGGCAGGGUUUGAUUGGGUAGAGUACGAGUCACAUGGCCAUAUCCAUUGCUCGGUAAAAUCAGAUUCCUCAGCAGCAGUCAGAACUGGAGGAUGUUUCACUGGAAAGAGUUCCGUUCAGAUAGAAAAUGGCGAAUCUAUUCCUAUGUCAGACUUGCGCAUUGGAGAUCGCGUGCUGGGCAUGCGCAGUGAUGGUGUUUUAGAAUACAGUGAAGUUAUUAAUUUUAUGGACCGUGAUGAUUUUGGCUAUGGAUUAUUCUACACACUGUCCACGGCGUCUGGGAAAGAAAUAACGCUAACCGCAAAACAUUUAUUGUAUGUCGUAAACCAAAACUCCUCAUUUGAUGUUAAUAGAAUUGAAGCUGUUUUCGCUGAUAGUGUGACUGCGGGGCAAUAUUUGUUGCUAAGAGACAAAGACUCGAUAAUUACAACAGUUAUAACAAAAAUCGCCGUGCAAACUCGGAAAGGGAUAUACGCCCCUCUUACGAAGCACGGCACUAUUGUUGUUGACGAUAUCAUAGCAUCUUGUUAUGCAUAUAUAGACAAUAUUGAUAUCGCGCAUGCUGUAUAUGCGCCAAUGCGGGUGUACCAUGACAUAUCACAAGUUUUCGCGAUGUUUUCUUCACAAAACGUUGAAAGUCGAAAUUCAACGAAUGUACCAAAUGGUAUGCAUUGGUAUGCCAAAAUUCUCUACAAAAUAGGUACAAAAAUACUAAGUCCUGACACUCUCUUUGUGCAUUAGCUCUAAAAUAAAGUUAAUUCUUCAAAUUCAAAUUUUUUAGUGUUGAUAUCUGUUGUUACACGAAAAACUCAUUUACUGACGUAAUAAAGUUGUUGUUAUAAAGAUCUAUAUUUAGAUUAUGCAUUUAACAUAAACAUUUUCCACAUUUUGUUUCUCGGUGUUAACGCAUGCCAUCGACCAAAACAUGUACAGAUCUUAGCUUGUUGGUUUUUGUCAUUUUUUUUUCUGCUUCGGUUUAUGUCUUGCAGUGGAGACAUUAAUAUUAAAAAGACAGUUGCAUAAGGAGGGAAAACACUUAAUAACUAUUGUAUCAUUAUGAACGUUAGACAUUUAAUUAAGUAUUGUUCAAGAAGACCAUUUGAUUUAUAUUUCGAACACGAAACAGUUCUUUUAAAGGUAGUCAGUCCACGAAAUUUUGACGAUUUAUUAAAUUAACAUUAUUUUUUAAUUUUUCAAUUCUGUAUGCAACUGUCUUCAAUAUAAAAUCCAUUGAGAGACAUGUUUACGUCUUUGUUAAUUGAUCUAUGAAAUCCAGUUAAAUUAUGAUGUAUAUAUUUUGUAAUUAUGUUGCAUUAGUUAUAAUAUAUGUAAAUAUGAGCACCAAGUGUUGAAUGAGUAAAGGGACUUAAAUGUACAGAAGAUAAGCACGACAUAGUUGUUUCCCUUGAAUGUCUGUGAUCGUGAAGCUAUUUAUUAUUUGUUGCUUUUACAUUCGCUUUUUGAAUCCAAGAAUUCUAUUUCUUAUUAAUUUAUGGUUAAAGAAAUCCGUAAAAUUCCGCACACAAUCUGUUAAGUUUUAAGAAGAAUCAGUAACAGAAGUGUUGAUUUUUAUAUUUCCGUUUUAAAGUAGUGACAGACAUUUUGAUAAGGAAUACAUGACUUUAAAUCGCAAUAAAUAUAGUCCCUUGACCUUGACCAUCAUAUUUGUUUUGACCGACCUUGACCUGUAUAUCUGUGUAACAGAACAGUGAGAUUUUUUUAAUUAUGUAGCAUAUAUUUUAUUUCUUAUCGUAUAAUGUAAUAAAUGAUGAUAUAAUGCAUGGACGAUUUUGUUUAGCUAUGACAAUGUCCAAAUGAAAUUGUAUAAUAAAACAUUUUGUAAAUACUUACAUAUUAAGUAUACAACUUGUUAAAGAAACUGUGUUAAAUUUUGAUGAACUUUUGUUUUUUGUUACCUAUUUCAGUUCACAUUUGCACUAAAAUAUAUUUGAGCCGUGUCAUGACAAAACCAACAUAAUGGGUUUGCGACCAGCAUGGAUCCAGACCAGCCUGCCCAUCCGCGCAGUCUGAUCAGGAUCCAUGCUAUUCGCUAUCAGUUUCUUUACUUGUUAUAGGGUUGGUAAGCGAACAGCAUGGAUCCUGAUCAGACUGCGCGAAUGCGCAGGCUGGUCUGGAUCCAUGCUGGUCGCAAACCCAUUAUGUUGGUUUUGUCGAGACGCAGCUCAAUUUUCUAAAAGACCAUCUCUUAGGACCAAUCAUGAAAUAAAUUUAUGAUCUCUCACGCAUUUUAACCUAUCUUUAUUAGGCUUUUGAAGCUGGCGGAAGUUUAUACUUACAACAUUUAUUAAAGUUUGGCGCGCUUUUUAAAAUUAACACUUAUUCAAGUUUUGAAAUUUCGUUUCAUGGAACGCUAUGUUUUAAUGUUUUAUUUUUAAAUUCAAACCAGCCAGUUUUAGCUGAUCAAAUGAGUGUUUCUAUCAUAUAAAGCAUUGACAUUUUCUCAUUAUCUCUCAAAUUUAUCUCAUAUAUUUAUCUCGUCAAUUUAUAUCACCAAAUUUUCUCUUCAUUAUCAAAAAUAAUUUUUUGUCCCUACUCCAAAUAGUAAGCAAGCAAUGUACAUGUAUACUUGUUAAAAAAUACAAUUAGUAACAUGAAAAGACUUAAUGAAAUUCUUGACUAAAUUGUAUAUUACUGAUUAAUGUUUGAUGAAUUAGAUGUUUUUUAACUGACAGGUCAGUAGAAAUAGUAAACUUUAUUGUAUUUUGUGACUUUUAAUAUUGUUAUUCACAUCAUUCGUUUUAUCUUUUUGCAAUAUCUUUUACACUUUUUUUCU